CCCGCGAGCGAUAGGGGGCGCGCAUCGAGGGUCUCUGUUGCUUACGGGCCUUUGUGGCUCUGUGACUGGAAGAUUAGAGCGAGAAGCCUAAUGUGCGGGUAGCCUCUACUCCCACCCCCUCCCUGGCGGAGGUCUGGCCGUUCCCGCCCCCAGGAACCUCCUUCCUCGCCGCCCUGAGUGCGUCUGAGCGCCCCAGUGGCCUGGGCCCCCGAGAAUAGUCGCCGAGGCCCAGGUCGUCGGGCUUCCGCGUGCUGGGUGAGGGGCACUGGGGUGUCCUGGGGGACCCCUGACCCCACUCCGGGCGCCAAAAAUGCCGCGCGGUGAGGAGCAGGUAUGGCUCGGAAGCGAGGGUCAGUUCUGCGUCUGAGCUGUGUUCACUGGCAAUUGGAGAUAAACUCCUGUGAUCACCGGCGUACAGCAAGUUUUCUGUAUUGAUCCAGGCCAAUGUGCAAUACCAACAUGUCUGUGUCUACUGAUGGUGCUGUAAGCACCUCACAGAUUCCCGCUUCGGAACAAGAGACCCUGGUUAGACCAAAGCCCUUGCUUCUGAAGUUGUUAAAGUCUGUUGGUGCACAAAAAGACACUUACACUAUGAAAGAGGACUUCUUGGGCAUCCCUGGAUCCCAGGUUAAGAACUUCUGCACUAGAGAUACAUGAGUACAAUUUACUGUACUGAAAUUCUGGGAUAGAGGUCAUAUUUUAUCUUGGCCAGUAUAUUAUGACUAAACGAUUAUAUGAUGAGAAGCAACAACAUAUUGUAUAUUGUUCAAAUGAUCUUCUAGGAGAUUUGUUUGGAGUACCAAGUUUUUCUGUGAAAGAGCACAGGAAAAUAUAUACAAUGAUCUACAGAAACUUGACAGUAGUCAAUCAACAGGAACCAUCAGACUCUGGCACAUCUGUGAGUGAGAGCAGGUGUCACCUUGAAGAUGAGAGUGAACAAAAGGACCCUGGGCAAGAGCAAGAGCUACAAGAAGAAAAACCUUCAUCUUCAGAUUUGGUUUCUAGGCCGUCUACCUCAUCUAGAAGGAGAGCAAUUAGUGAGACAGAAGAAAAUUCAGAUGAAUUGUCUGGUGAACGACAAAGAAAACGCCACAAGUCAGAUAGUAUUUCUCUUUCCUUUGAUGAAAGCCUGGCUCUGUGUGUGAUAAGGGAGCUAUGUUGUGAAAGAAGUAACAGCAGUGAAUCGACAGAGACUCCAUCAAAUCUGGAUCUGGAUGAUGGUGUAAGUGAACAUUCAGGUGAUUGGUUGGAUCAGGAUUCAGUUUCAGAUCAAUUCAGUGUAGAAUUUGAAGUUGAAUCUCUUGACUCAGAAGAUUAUAGUCUUAGUGAAGAAGGACAAGACCUCUCAGAUGAAGAUGAUGAGGUAUAUCGAGUUACUGUGUAUCAGGCAGGGGAAAGUGAUACAGAUUCAUUUGAAGAAGAUCCUGAAAUUUCCUUAGCUGACUAUUGGAAGUGUACUUCAUGCAAUGAAAUGAAUCCUCCCCUUCCGUCGCAUUGCAACAGAUGUUGGGCCCUUCGUGAGAAUUGGCUUCCUGAAGAUAAAGGGAAAGAUAAGGGGGAACUCCCUGAGAAAGCCAAAUUCGAAAACUCAACACAGGCAAAAGAGGGCUUGGAUGUGCCCGAUGGUAAAAAACCUGCGACAAAUGAUUCCAGAGAGUCAUGUAUUGAUGAAGAUAAUGAUAAAGUCACACAAGCCUCCCAGUCACAAGAAAGUGAGGACUAUUCUCAGCCAUCAACUUCUGGUAGCAUUAUUAAUAGCAGCCAGGAAGAUGUUAAGGAGUUGGAGAAGGAAGAAACACAAGAGAAAGAAGAAAGUGUGGAAUCUAGUUUUCCCCUUAAUGCCAUUGAACCUUGUGUGAUUUGCCAAGGUCGACCUAAAAAUGGUUGCAUUGUUCAUGGCAAAACAGGACAUCUUAUGUCAUGUUUUACCUGUGCAAAGAAGCUAAAGAAAAGAAAUAAGCCCUGCCCAGUAUGCAGACAACCAAUUCAAAUGAUUGUGCUAACUUAUUUCAAUUAGCUGUCAUAUCCAUAAAAGUAUAUAUUUUAAAUUUCUAACUAAGCCUAAAAAUUUAGACAACAUAGAUUUUAUGAAUAUAUAUAUCAAAGCAAGAAAUAUAAGUAGGACAUUUAAAUGUAACUUACUUAGUACCUUUUGUGUAAAGAGGAAGAAAAGUGUGUGAAAGAGUUAAUAUUUAAAAUGUAGAUACUCCGAAACACCAAUCCUUAGUUUCUCUCCCCUUUCAGAAGUUUUUACAUUUGGUGCUAUGUUAUGUAGGUAAAAAUGUGCCACUUAUUAUAAUUAAUAAGAAUCUUUAGUGAAAAUAACCAGAAUUGGUAAUAAUUGAGAUUAUAAAUGAUAACAUAGGUAAUGUUAUUCAACAUUCAGCUCCGCAAAAUGGGUCUCAUUUUAUAUGCUUAUGGAUUACUAAUGUAGUCUUGAUUGUCUAAAUUUUUAGGUUUAGCAUAUGUGUAUUAUUUAUUUACAAAUAAACGAUUUAUUGAAUGUUUAA